AUGAAAUUCCUCCUGAGUCUUGUUGUCGUCUCGGCGUUCGCGGUCCUUUUCGCGGUGGUGAGUUUUGAUUCAAGGUUUCGAGAGGGGGUUGUGUGAACUUUCAGGUGGAUUCGCAAGAAGCUGGCUGGUCGGCAUGGACGGAUAAGCCCGGCGCGAGUUGCAACGACACCUGUGGGGCUUGUGGUCGAAUCGAGCAGAUCAGAACCUGCGAAGACCCCGACCCGGCCACAAACUGCCAGUGAGUCUUUUUCAGUGAACUUCAGCCAAAUUAAAGUCCCGAAAAACGGAAAAGUGCACUUCAGAGGCGAGAGCGAGCAACUGGCGAGGUGCAACUUCGACAUCUGCCUCUUCCCGCGUCACCCUUGCUGUGAAGGAACCAAGAAGGCCAUCGACUUGGAAAACAAAUUGUUCGUCUGCCAAGAAACUGAAGAAUGA